CAGCAUGAAGCCUGAGGAGUGAGGAAGGUGUCCUGUGUCCCAGACUGAAGACGGUCUACUGGUUCUAAAGAGUGUGAUCGAUUGUAAAAAGAAAAAUCAAAUCCCUGCUUGGUGCUUCAAUAUGACUUCUCCUUACUUCACCCACGGCGCUGUUCUUACUCGAAGUCUCAAUCAAAGAACACGCCUGUCUGCUCUGGGGUCGAAAGUAAUAAAUAAACCUCAGAACCCAGGUCCUCCUGUCGAACUGAAGGAGGAGGAGGAGGAGACGUGCAUCUGCGAAGAUGACGGUCCAGCCUCUCCUACUUGCAUCCUCGAGCCACUAAAGUCAGAGCCGGCCCCCUCGCCCCCGGCCCCCUCGCCCCCGGCCCCCUCCCGCAGACGGAGACCGUUAAAGGUGGAGUACGAGCAGCGCGGCCAAGGGUUAAAGGUGGAGUACGAGGAGCGCGAGGGGGACCCAGCGGUGAAGACAGAGCGCUGGGAGCCUCCUGAUUGGAGGAUCCAGCUGGCCCACAUCCGUGAGAUGAGGAGGAGCCGAGACGCGCCCGUAGAUCACAUGGGGGCGGAAACAUGCUACGAACCAGGGGCCCCCGCCCCGGUGAGGCGUUUCCAGGUGCUGGUGUCCCUGAUGCUCUCCAGCCAGACUCGGGACGAGGUGACGGCGGCGGCCAUGGCGCGGCUGCGGGCACACGGCUGCACGGUGGACGGCAUUCUGAGCACCGACCACGAGGCGCUGGGGAGGCUCCUCCACCCGGUGGGCUUCUGGAGGACCAAGGCUGGGUAUCUGCGGAGGACCUGCCUGGUGCUGCAGCAGCAGUUCUGCGGGGACAUCCCGGACAGCGUGGAGGGGCUGGUGGGGCUGCCCGGCGUGGGGCCCAAGAUGGCCCACCUGGCCAUGAGCAUCGCCUGGGGCCGCGUGUCGGGGAUAGGUGUGGACACACACGUCCACCGUGUUUCCAACAGGCUGGGCUGGCUGAGGACCGCCUCCCGGACCGCAGAGCAGACGCGCUCCGCCCUGGAGGACUGGUUACCUAGGGCGUUGUGGGGGGAGGUCAACUGGCUCCUCGUGGGCUUCGGCCAGCAGAAGUGUCGCCCGCUCAGACCGCUCUGCUCCGAGUGUCUGAACCAGAGCUGCUGCCCUUCUGCACACCAGCCCCCCCCCACCCAGAGGACCAAGACCCCCCCCGCCAAGAGGACCAAGACCCCCCCCACCCAGAGGACCAAGACCCCCCCCACCCAGAGGACCUCGCCCCCCAAGACCCCCCCCACCAAGAGGACCUCGCCCCCCAAGACCCCCCCCACCAAGAGGACCUCGCCCCCCAAGACCCCCCCCACCCAGUGGCCCAAGACCCCCAAGACCCCCCCCACCAAGAGGCCCCAGGCUGGACCAACACCCUCCAGGACCUCUCCUGACCUGCUCCCCCCCGCCAGCUCCAGGGCGAAGACGGAGGCUGAACAGGAAGAGGAUGAGAGGGAACCGCCCCCACCUUCAGCCUCCUGUCCACCCAGGAGGCUGAAGGGGGGGAAGGUGCUCUGA